AUGUCGCAGCUAAGUAAGAAUCUGGGUGAUUCGAGUCCUCCUAUUGAGGCCCCGAAGCCACCGGUCUAUAGCCGCCCUACGGUUCUGAUGCGGGCUCCGCCCGCCUCCUCCCGGGCCCCACCAGUCCCUUGGGAUCCACCUCCUAUUGACUUGCAGGCUUCAUUGGCCGCUUGGCAGGCACCUCAGCCUGCCUGGGAGGCCCCACAGGGCCAGCCGCCAGCCCCAGUGGCUCCGAUGGCCCAACCUCCGGCCCUAGGGGCCCAGAUGGUCCAGCCUCCCCCUCUGGGAGGCCCGAUGGGCAAGCCUCCGACUCCUGGAGUCCUGAUGGUCCAUCCUCCUCCCCCUCCGGGAGCUCCGAUGGCCCAGCCUCCAGCUCCUGGAGUUCUUAUGGUCCAUCAUUCAGCUCCCGGGACUCCGAUGUCCCACCCUCCCCCUCCGGGGACGCCGAUGGUCCAUCCUCCACCUCCGGGGACCCCGAUGGCCCAUCCUCCACCUCCGGGGACCCCGAUGGCCCAUCCUCCCCCUCCGGGGACCCCGAUGGCCCAUCCUCCCCCGCCGGGGACCCCGAUGGCCCAUCCUCCCCCUCCGGGGACACCGAUGGCGCACCCUCCCCCGCCGGGGACACCGAUGGCCCAUCCUCCCCCGCCGGGGACCCCGAUGGCCCAUCCUCCCCCUCCGGGGACACCGAUGGCGCACCCUCCCCCGCCGGGGACACCGAUGGCCCAUCCUCCCCCGCCGGGGACCCCGAUGGCCCACCCUCCAGCUCCGGGAGUCCUGAUGGCCCAGCCUUUGACUCCGGGAGUCCUGAUGGUCCAGUCUCCAGCGCCGGGAACUCCAAUGGCUCAGCAUCCACCUCCAGGAGCCUUGAUGACCCAGCCUCCGCCUCCAGUGGUCUCGAUGGCCAAGCCUCCAGGUCCUGGCGUUCUGAUGAUCCAUCCUCCAGGUUCCAGAGCUCCGAUCACCCAGCCUCCAGCUUCAGGGGCCCCAAUGGCGCAGCCGGCGGCCCCACCUGCACAGCCUCUGGCUUCUUGGGCCCCACAGUCUCAGCCUCUGAUCCUGCAAAUCCAGUCUCAGGUUAUAAGGGCUCCUCCGCAGGUUCCCCAGGGCCCGCAGGCCACACAGGCGCAGCUGACCACGCCCCCAGGCUGGCAGGCCACCUCGCCUGGCUGGCAAGCCCCUCCACAAGGCUGGCAAGCCACACCCCUAGGCUGGCAGACCACGCAGGUCACCUGGCAAGCCCCAGCGAUUGCUUGGCAGGCGCCUCCAUCCGUGCGCCAGGGCCCUCCGCCCAUCCGACCAGGCCCGCCACCCAUCCGGCCCGGCCCGCCGCCGGUGCGCCGGACCCCACCCCAGAUCCGCCAGGCCCCUCCGCUGAUCCGCCAGGCUCCACCGCCCAUCCGGCCAGCGCCGCAGGUCCUGGCGACCCCGCCGCAUCUCUGGCAGGCCCUUCCGCCCCCUCCACCUCUGAGGCAGGCCCCGCAGGCCCGGCUGCCGGCCCCGCAGGUGCAGACGGCCCCGCAGGUGCAGGCGGCUCCGCAGGUGCAGGCGGCGCCGCAGGCGGCCCCGCAGGUGCAGGCAGUCCCGCAGGUGCAGGCGCCCCAGGCCCAGUCUUCAGCCCAGCAGAUCGCGCACUGCCCGCCCAUCAUCUGGCAGGCCCCCAAGGGCCAAGCCCCAGUGCCACAAGAGAUGCCAACGUCUAUGGAGUUCCAGGAGGUGCAGCAGGCCCAGUCGCUGGCCUGGCCAGCCCCGAAGGCCCCCGCUCACUUUUGGCAGUCCCUGCCUGCCCAGGAGGCCCAGAGGCAGGGUCCGCAGCUGGUCCAGCUGGAGCAGCCCUUUCAGGGGGCUCCGCCCUCCCAGAAGGCCCUGCAAAUCCAGCUACCCACCCAGCAGGCCCAGUCCUCGGGCCCGCAAGCAGAGCUGCCUACCCUGCAGCUCCAGCCCUCCUGGCAGGCCCCGCCUGGAGCCAUGCAGGCCAAGCCUGCAGCCUCCUUAGAGGCAGCAAAUUUUCACCUGGGCUCGGCUAAAUCACUGAUGACUCCCCCAUCCGGAGAAUCCAGGGCCUCUUCGGUAGACCAAAGGGCCUCCUCCAAGGAGCGCAGGACCUCUUCAAAGGAGCGCAGGGCUCCUUCAAAGGACCGCAUGAUCUUCGCUGCCACUUUUUGUGCCCCAAGGGCAGUGCCAGCUGCCAGGGCACACCUGCCAACUGCCUGGAAAAACUUACCUGCAGAGACCUUUACUGCCACCUCAAGGGUCUUUCCAGCUACCUCCCAGGUCCACUUUGCUUCUUCUGUUACCUUUAAGGGUCCAUCUGUCACCUCAGAGACCCCAAAGUCACUGCCACUUGCUCUGCAGGAUCCAUUUGCCUGUGCAGAAGCCCUGCCUGCUGUUUCCUGGGUUCCUCGGCCCAACUCCAAUGUCUCAAAGGCAUCAAAGGCAGCAUCCAGCUUCCUGAUGGCCUCAGCAGCUGCCCCCCAGGCAACAACCACCAACGACGGGGCCUCUAAGAUCUCCCAGCAGCGCCGCUCAGGCAAAGUUGCCCGGAAGAAGAAGCAUCUGAAUGCCCAAGAAGACAGCAGUGGUCACAUGUUGGCCCUACAUGACUGGCAGGCCCCAAGGCCCUGGGACAAUCUGAACUUGAGUGACUGGGAGGGCCAAAGCCCCCUCCAGGUCCUGGGUGACUGGGAGGGCCCCAGCAUCUCCUGUGGCCUGAGUGGCUGGGAGGGCCCCAGUACCUCCAGGAUCCUGAGUGGCUGGGAAGGACCCAGCACCUCCUUGGCUCUGAGUGCCUGGGAGUGUCCAAGCACCUCAAAUGUUCUGAACCUGUGGGAAAGCUCAGGGAACCCUGAGCCAGUGAUCUUCUCUGAGGUCCCAAGUCUCUCUCAGGGACUUGGUGCCACCCAGGAUGAGCCCAAGUUGGAGACUCAGCCAUUGUCUCCCUUGGAUGAGAGAGCAAAUGCAUUGGUACAGUUCCUCUUGGUCAAGGACCAAGCCAAGGUGCCCAUCAAGCGCUCAGAGAUGGUGAAAGUCAUUAUCCGUGAAUAUAAAGAUGAGUGCUUGGAUAUCAUCAGCCGAGCCAACCAUAAGUUAGAGUGUGCUUUUGGCUAUCAAUUGAAGGAAAUUGAUCAAAAAAACCACUCUUAUAUUAUCAUCAACAAGUUGGGCCAUCAUAAAGAUGAGCCAGUGGCAUCAUAUUUAGACACGCCCAAGCUUGGACUCCUGAUGGUGGUCCUGAGUCUUAUUUUCAUGAGAGGCAAUUGUGUCAGGGAGCAUCUUAUCUUUGAUUUUCUGUCCAAGUUAGGGUUGGAUACCCAGGAGACACACGGUCUCUUUGGAAAUACAAACAAGCUCAUCACGGAGGUGUUUGUCAGGCAGAGGUACUUAGAGUACAGGCGAAUCCCCCACACUGAGCCAGCAGAAUAUGAGUUCCUCUGGGGCCCUCGAGCAUUCCUUGAAACCAGCAAGAUGCUUGUCCUCAGGUUUGUGGCCAGGCUCCAUAAGAGGGAUCCACGGUGUUGGCCAUUCCAUUACCUGGAAGCACUGGCAGAAUGUGAAUCUGAAGAUUUGGAAGACGAUGAGGCUGGAGCAGGUGAUAACACCGGUGGCCCCACCAGCAGUUCCCCUCCCCGCUAG